AUAACCACUGACACGUUACACUCUUCAAAAUUCCUAGUACAAGAUUCGUCGCAUUGCAACUGGAAAACAGAUUGUCACGCGUCUUAGUGAUCUUUUUGUCGCGACAACACAAAAAUGGCAAAUUCAAUGGUGUUCUCGAGUUAUACGUUAAUCCACGAUUCCCAGCCACUCAAAGCGUCGCAAAACUAUCACCAGUCAUAAAUUAUGAUAACUACUGAUAGAAUGCCGUGUGUCACUCUACGAAGCUCAUGUCGCGCCUGAACCAGACACCGUCCGACGAGGCCACAUUGAAAGCCCGCGGUUACAAGUUGGUGAGAAAGCUCGGCGAAGGUUGUCACGCGAAGGUAUACCUGGCCGAGUACAAACCGGAGCACGAGACAGAUCACAAUAACACCUUAGCCUGCAAGAUCGUCGAUACCACGAGCGCACCGAAGGACUUCGUCAAGAAGUUCCUGCCGCGCGAACUGGAUAUCCUGGUGAAGUUGAAUCAUCCGCAUGUCGUGCACGUGCAUAGCAUCUUCCAGAGGCGCACCAAGUACUUCAUAUUCAUGCGCUUCGCCGAAAACGGCGAUCUCUUUGACUUCAUGCUAAAGAACGGCGCGGUGGCGGAGAAUCAGGCCCGCGUGUGGUUCCGACAGCUUGCUUUAGGUCUUCAGUAUUUGCACGAGAUGGAGAUAGCGCACCGCGACGUAAAGUGCGAGAAUGUCCUCUUAACAUCUAACUACAACGUGAAACUGGCGGACUUCGGAUUCGCCCGCUACAUGGUUGACAGUCGCGGUAAACGUGUUCUCAGCGACACGUAUUGCGGCUCGUUGUCUUACGUAGCCCCGGAGAUCCUGCGCGGCUUUCCGUACAACCCGAAGAUAUCCGACAUCUGGUCCCUGGGUGUGAUCUUGUACAUAUUGUUGAACAAGGCGAUGCCCUUCGACGAGGCCAACAUUAAGCGACUGUACGAGCAGCAGAUAGCGCGCAGAUGGAAGUUCCGCAGCAAAGUGAUGAACAGUCUGACCGAUCACGUGAAGAAGCUCGUGAGCAAUCUGCUGGAGCCGGAAGUGUCGAAACGCUUGCGUCUGGAUCAGAUCGUGCAGAGCGACUGGAUCGCGAUGGAUCCGCGUUUACUGGUGCUCACGCCCGCAGAGCAGAUCGCGUUGAACAGUGCAGUCGAGGAGCGGAAAAAGUACGAGAAGAAGUUCACAAAGAGGGAUUCUAUGCAAAUGCAGAGCCUCGUACGAUCGUUAUUCUUCAACGUUCAUAAGUUGAGGUGUUUUUUUCUGUCGUUUCUCUCAUACACCACGCUGAGCAGAACAUUUCUGGUCGUCCAUUUGGUGUACACGCACGUGUUAUCGUAUAUCCGAUCGCAGGAUCCAGAUCAAACUUCACAAUGAUAACGAUGUCUAAUGUGCCAAAUUUUACAAAUAUAUAUAAUUAAAGAGAGCACAGGCAACAAGUAGUGUCGCGAGAUCACGAGUGACCGAUUUUCAGAAACAGUUCAGAGUCGAGGAAAAGAAAAAGACCGACGAAGACAAACCGCAUGGGGUAGAAGACGUGACGGUUCUCAAAGACACCGUGAAAGUACGUUAUUGGAAUUAAUCACAUAUUGAGGUAAUGUAAAAGAAAAGGAGAAAAGAGAUAGCAAAACCUUUUGUCUUGUCUUCAGGCGGUAACCUCCACGAUUACGGCAGGCGGAACUCAAUUCCAAAAUCUCAACACGUAACUGCAAUCUGUAAUCCGCUUCCCUGCAUUUUUACUUAACACUUGUGAAAAUAAAUUGUCUGGUGAACUAUGACGAUUAAUGUUACGCACGUCGUACACACAUUCGACACAUUUGAUGCAUUGCAAAUCAAUAUAUAUAUAUUUUUUUAAGAAACUAACGUGUGAAUAUAAACGGACAUAUUUACAAAGAAUGCAGAGAUUUGCUAGAUUUAAAAUAAACUUACUCCUAGGAAU